GUUCUGUUUUCUCUUCACAUAUUCCACAACUUUCUUAACUACCUGGAUAAUCUUCUUCUAGUAUCGCAAGGCUGCGGUACACCGAUUCACAAAGCUGGCUACCUUCAUAUCUACAUUAUCCUUUAUCGACCAUAGCCUGUUCUCAGGCGAGGGUCCAAACCUCACACACCCACCUUAGGACGCCAGAUUAUACGCUAUAUACUGGACGUUGCUUUGGCCCGUUCUGUCCACCAUGUUGAGCCAAAUCUUCGAUUGGCUUCGGAGCCCUGGCGCUCGUAAUGAGCUCCAAUUCUCUGCGCCGAGUCAUAUUGUGGACGACGCAGAAGCGAAAUCUGCGAACCCCGAGAAGAGCAGCCAUGUGUCCGUGGAAAAUACCGAUACUUACGCGGCCCUUGUAAAGCCGAGACUUCUCGAUCGCUGGUUGGACCGCGUUGUUGAAAUUUCUGGGUCGGAGUAUACCUACGUCAUUGUCCUUGUGGGACUGUUUACAUGGGCAUUCUUGGGUAUUCACUAUGGAACGGCUAAUACGUACAAAAUAAUUAUCUCCGAUGCCCAGGCGAUUAUUAACCUGGUUUUCGACGCGUUUCUCAUGCGGCAACAGUUCAAUCAACACGACAAUCUGAUUAUGGUGGCGGGCUGUCUGCGAUCUCGCAUUAGCAGUCACAAACGUAUGAUCGAGCACCUCAUUGCUACUGGAAAGUUCACGAAGAUCGACACAGCCAAAUUCCAGACACUUCAGCAGAACGAUUUUGUGGACCGGCUUCCCCAAGAGAACUGGUUGACAAAGGUCUCGGGCUUCAUAUCAUCGUUCCUUGGACACAUCGGCACUGCCGUUGGCUUCUGGGGUUGCAUAUUUAUAUGGCUGGGUUUUGGGAAGUACUGCGAAUGGUCGAACACUUGGCAGUUGUAUAUCAACUCUGCGACUUCAGCGCUCAUGGUCCUCUUGUUGGCGUUCCUCGCCAAUGUUCGGGAGCGACAUAGUCGUUACAUGGCCGAAUGUCUCAAAGCGAUCUGGAAGGCUGACUCCGCACUUGAGCUCAGACUCCGCAACUUAACCGGCGAUCGAACCGAAAACUCUGUGAUAGUGAUGCCGGAGCGAAAGCGAAGCAAGGUCCAGCGCGCAAUCGACUACUACGCCGACUUGGUAGGCACCCUUGCAGGGGUGGCAUUUCUCAUCAUUGUCAUCCUCAUUUGGGUCGCGUGCGGUCCUCCGUUGCACUUCAACUCCAGUUGGUGGCUCCUAAUUGGUACAUAUGCUGGGCUGGUGGGCUUAAAUGAUGGCUUCGUCCUGCGCAACGUCUGCCAAGUCUUGGGAGACUACCAAGACGAGCAAUUUAUUCAAGUCAACUACGAAGAUCUUCAGACUCUCUCUGCAAUCGGGGUCGGAACGCCCGAAGAAGAACGCGACAUGGCUCAAUCGCUAUCGUACCGCAUAUCUCUACGCGUAGGGUACUUUUGUUCCCACCAGUGGUCGGUUGUCUCGGGAGUGAUUUUGAUCUUUGCACUUAUCGCGGCUGCUUCGGCAUUGCGAUGGAGUGAGACUGGACAGCUUCUCUGCAACAUCCCUCCUAGCGUUAUCGAGUCCUUCUUCACCCUGAUCCUGAUCACUGGUCACAACGUUAGCGAGACAAAGAGGCGUGUUGAUCUCCGCAACAUUUACCUGCACAGACUUAAGGUUAUUUCUUACGUUGGCUCGCAGAGCUUUGCCAAGGCUGACGAGGGAGUGAUGGAACCUCAUGCAGGCGACGAGAUCAGCGGGAACGUUUUGUGUUAAAACUUAACGUUGAGCAGAAUGGAUAGAAACACCUCAGGUCCCUCGUUCACGCCGUCCCUGAAUGCACAACAUCAUUCAGACAAAUAUCCUGUCCUCCAUGCUCAUCUUACCAGCUUGUCGUUAAUCUUGAGCCAUUCGUUGUUGAAUUUUUGCAUGGAAUUUUGGCGUCAUGUCAUCCGCUUCAAGUCGAUCGUUUCAACUCUUUAUAAUUAGAUUUGCGACACUACUUGCGAUUAUAGCUAGGCAGUAUGAAUUUCUAGAAAACGUCGAGCGUGCCCGGCAAGCAAGCCACGC